AUGUCUGUGAAUGUCUCGCUGUGGAUCUCUCCUCCCAACGAUCAGGUCAACGUCUCCGUCUUCUCCCUCAUGAACUCCUCCUCUCCCCCCUCUCCUCCCCCCUGGCGAGCGCCCUCCUUCACUGUGGCGGCUCAGUGUCGCGUCAUCGCCACUGUGGUUCUGUUCGUGUUCGCCGCCUGUAGUAACCUGUCCGUCUUGAUCAGCGUGUGCUGGGGGCGGGGCUACCGUCUGGCCGCUCACCUGCGCCCACUUAUCGCCAGUCUAGCAUCGGCCGACCUGGUGAUGACAUUCGUGGUGAUGCCACUGGAUGCUGUGUGGAACAUCACGGUGCAGUGGUACGCCGGGGACGUCAUGUGUAAGCUACUGUGUUUUUUGAAGCUGUUCGCCAUGCACUCAGUGGCGUUCAUCCUGGUGGUGGUGAGUCUGGACCGGUACCGUGCCAUCCUCCACCCACUGGACUCCCUGGAUGCUGGACUCAGGAACAGACGGAUGCUGCUGGUGGCGUGGACGCUCAGCCUGCUGCUUGCCUCCCCACAGCUCUUCAUUUUCCGGGCCAUUAAAGCAGAUGGAGUGGACUUCACUCAGUGCGUGACCCAUGGAAGUUUCCAGUAUCGGUGGCAGGAGACGGCAUACAACAUGUUUCACUUUGUGACGCUGUAUGUCUUCCCGCUGCUUGUCAUGACUUUCUGCUACACUCGCAUCCUCACCAAGAUCAAUGGGCAGAUGCACAAGAGCAAAGAGGGUGAGCACUGCCUCAGACGAAGUGGAACCGACAUGAUCCCCAAAGCCCGAAUGAAGACUCUGAAGAUGACCAUUGUCAUCGUCAGCUCCUUCGUGAUCUGCUGGACGCCCUACUACCUCCUUGGGAUCUGGUACUGGUUCCAGCCAGCCAUGAUCAAGCACACGCCAGAGUACGUGAACCACAUACUGUUUAUCUUUGGGAACCUGAACUCAUGCUGUGACCCGGUCAUCUACGGCUUCUUCACCCCGUCCUUCAGAGCCGACCUUGCUGAUGUGUUGGUGUGCUGUCGUCGAGGUCGUCAAGCUAACAACGCCUCACCUCGAUCCGUGGACCGUCUGUCCGGGCGAUGUCACGGAGCCGGCGUGGAGAUGGAGUCUGACCUGAGCUCAAACCCGCACAGUGGGAACCCUGGAUAA